UAAUUAAAAGAAAAGUCAUCGCUGUAUUAAUUCGCUACGUUAAAUGUUUUUGGAUACAUUAAUUUAUGGUUUCACAAAUUUUUGAAAGUACGCUUGUGUGUGAUCUAUAUUAUUUUAUCGGAUUUAAAGGGUGUUGUGAUUACUAAAAAGAUUUUAAACAUAAAAAAUUUAUUCUAUUUCUAUAAUGUAACUAUUUUAAUAAUGAUAAAAUUUAAAUUCCAAGCACUCAUACAUUAUUAUUCAUUUUGAAUUUCUUAAUAAGUUUUCUUCUUUAUGUGCAUAUAAUUUCCGACUAUACAACGUGUCCGAAACACAUUAUUAAACAUCGAAUUCAUUAUCAUUAUGGUGAGUAAAGUAAAAUUAAAUUAAAUAAUUAUCCAUUGACGUAAAUACACGCAUAUAAUUUAUGCAAUCGAAACUGUAAAUCGUAUACAUAAUUUUCGUCAAGAAAUCAAUAACAGCAACACGCAAAAUUUAUAUCUUCGUGCUUUUCUUUCGGCAUUUAUUAUCUACAAUAAAAGCUCAUGAAAUCUCAAGUUUCUUCACAGUGCAUAUUAUAUAUUCGCAUUCUGUUACACCGAACGAACAUGAUCGAUACACCAGUUGUUCGCGGCGAAGGCACCGAUAAAUGGAUGUCACGAUAUAUGCAUAUAUUUACGCACUGUUCACGAAAUGUUACAUUUUAUCGUCACUAAAGUAAAAAUAUUUUGUUUCUGUCGCGAAAUUAUUUUCCAACGCUAUCGAAACGAAUCAAUCCAAAUACGUCGAGUAUUUCACCGCGAGGGAUGCGCGUCUCAACCCUUCUCGGUGUUUAAAGCGCACCACAAGACUCGUAGUAGGUCACCUAUCACCACGUGUAAUCGUCCUCGAGUCGAACUGCAACAUAGUGCACUCGUGAAUGGUAUACUUAUGCAAUGCUAGAGUGAACGAUAGGCAUGAGAAAAAGAAUAUUAUACGCGUUAUUCGAUCGAUGAAUCAAUGAUGCGUGAUAAGGGAUGAGUAAUAAAAGUGAGAGUAAUUGAAUUAACGAGUUGAAACGAAGUCUUUUCAACAGAAAAUGCAAAAAACAUGAUAAAUGAUACAUUGCUUUUACUUGUCAGUUGUUAGAGAAAAAUUAACGAUUUAAUGUCUUUUGAAUUUACUCUGAUAAACAAUAGUAUGAGCACUUUUUCGAAGCAUUUGCUUCAUUACACGACAUCAUUUACUGUAUCUUCUAUGAUCGCCAGAUUAAUUAUACAUAUUUGAAUCGAAUAUUAAUUUAUUAUUAUGAAGCACCAGCAAGUAACCGUGGACAUGACGAAUAUGAUAUUUACUGCUUGCUCUUAUUUGGCGCUUGCCGGAGCGGUCUGGAUAUUUUUACGUCUUAUUCAGGCAUGCUUUUGGCUGCCAAAACAUUUAAAAAGGCAAAAUGACGUUCAAAGAAUGUUGCAAGAUAAGGUUGACAGUUAUGAAAAGUAUGUGUUAGAAUGCGAAGAGAAGGAAAAGGCGGAAAUGUUGGAUCAGAUCGACGAUGAGAAGAAGAGUCUCGAGAUGUCAGAAAAAUGGAAAGAACGACGAGAAUGUCUAGACAUGCUCAAGCGAGAGCUGCAAAGAGUUCGCGAAGGCAAAGAUAUGUCCGAUUGGGACGCUUUGCUAGAGGAGGAACUAAAGAAGCAUGAACUAGACCCCAAUCUUUUAGAUGAAGAGGAAGAAGAGGAGGAAAUCUUUAAGAAGGAUAUUAAUAAAGAAAAAAGUGAAGAGAAAAGUGAGAAAAAAGAUAAAAUCGAGGCGAAGAAGGAAAAGUAAUAAUUACAUUGAGUGCCUUAAAAGUGCCUUAUUAAGACUGUUGAAUUGCUUUAUGAAAACUUAUAUCGGUAUGUAGAAGAAUAUUUAAAAACGUAAAUCUUGAAAAAGUUUUGUAAAAUAUUCUAUAUACUCAAUAAUUAUUAAAAUAAUUAAAGUGGACUUAAUAGGACGAGUGUUCUUACAUUGCUUACUGUAUUGAUAAUUGAAUUUUAUUCAUGAUUUUAUUUAUCAAUACAGAGAGAAUACAGUUUUAUUAAAAUAAUUCUAAAUUUAAUUAAUAUUUAUAAAAAAUAUUUAUAUUGUGUGGAAAUGCAAUCAGUGUAAGGAAUGCUUCUCGUGUAGUAAUUACCACAAUAUAAUUAAUGACAAAGAUAAGUAGUUAAAUAAAGGCGUGUUUUCAAAGCAAAAAUUACAUGCAUGUACAUUUAUACAUGUAUAAAAUAUUGUUUUAUUAGUGUAAAAUUAUUCUUUUUUAUGUUGAAAGAAAGAAUUACGUACAAUAUUUAAGAAAAAAGUGAUCACUUUUUCAUAUUGAAUUAUUAUCCAAGAGUGGAGAAGUGAAGCUUUAUAUGUAUCUAAGUAGAUAUAUCUUUAUAUAUGUAUAUCUAAAAU